CGUUUGCUUAGGCGCGUGCGCGGGGUCGGCAUGGCGGAGGCGCAGCCGGGCUCAGGUGUAUUAAACUUCAAUCCGGAUGCAGCUGAUUUCAUUCCCAGAGAGAGAGAGACUCCUGAUGUAAAUUGGAGAAGUCUGAGUAGAUUAGAAUCCAAUAGGAAUCAGAACAGAAAUGAUACUCUACCACUUCCUAGUCAGUCUUCUGAUAGAGGCACAGACUAUGAGAGCUCUUCCACAAAGCAACCCAGCUUUUAUAGUUCAGAAAGCCAGUACUGUAGCCAGCAAGAUUUUCUCCAGCAUGGUGGUACCAGUAAACCUCAUAAGAAUCAUAGUUUUCGGGGUCAGCGAUGGCAGAGAUCUAGAAGUGAUAGGACAUAUACUAGAAACCGGAUAAGGCAAUCAUCUACUGAUGGUACAAAAGACAUGACAGUUUUAGAUACCACGUUAGUACCAAGGUGGAGAGUCAAUCCUAAAGAAUACAAUGACUUUUGCUCUUCAGAGAGUGACAAGGAGGUAUCUGGUGCAGAUAAUAGAGGGGCAAAACCAAAGAAAACACAUUUGAUGCCUGCACCUGGAAGAGGUCUCAAAGAGAAGGGGAAGCAAUUACAUGAGCGGGAUAAGAGAGUGACAUCUAAACAGAAGGAUAUGUUUAAAAACAUACAAUCUCUGGAUCUGACUCAGUCUGACUCUUCAGAAGCAUCUGUUGCCAAAGCAUUGUUCGAUGGAUAUGCUGGCAAUAGUGAUGAACAAAAAAGAUAUCCAUUUGCGAACAAGAAAUACCCCAGGAAGUCCAUGUGGAGUAAACCCCAGUUUGGUAAAGAAAUCCAGAAAAAACAAGAUACUCACCGCAGUAAAAAUACAAAAGAAGUUAAGAAGCCUCCUCUUACUUACGCUCCAAAAGAUAAAAUUAGCGAGAGGAGCAAAGAAUCAGGUGUUCACAACAAAGAUCAAAACUUGACCAGCAUAACACAAGCUCACCAAUUAAGGGAAUCAGUCAAAUGUGGUGGAAGACAGCUUCACCUACAGGUGGGACACACAGCCUCCCUUCAUUGCAAUUGGACUCAGUAUUGGAAAAAGCAGAGUGAUGUACCAAGGAACAAGGAAACUCAUACAGGUUCUCUGAUAGAGCAGCUGACCACAGAGAAAUAUGAGUGUAUGGUGUGCUGUGAGGUGAUCCGAACAAUAGCCCCAGUAUGGAGCUGUCAGAAUUGUUAUCAUGUGUUUCAUCUGAACUGCAUUAAGAAGUGGGCAAGAUCACCAGCAUCGCAAGCCGAAGAUGGUAAUAGUGGCUGGAGAUGUCCUGCUUGUCAAAAUGCUUCAACACAAGUUCCUACUACUUAUACCUGUUUUUGUGGUAAGGUAAACAACCCUGAAUGGAAUAGAAAUGAAAUUCCACAUAGCUGUGGAGAGCUUUGUAGAAAAAGAAGACCAGGUCAGGACUGUCCCCACUCUUGUAAUAUCCUUUGCCAUCCAGGUCCUUGCCCAUCAUGCCCUGCCUUUAUGACAAAAACAUGUGAAUGUGGGCGAACAAGUCAUUCAGUUCGCUGCGGCCAAUCCACCACAAUUCGUUGUUCUAAUGUAUGUGGGAAUACUUUAAAUUGUGGUAGGCAUAACUGUGCCCAGGUGUGCCAUGUGGGAAAAUGUCAUCCUUGCCAGCUUACAGUACAGCAAGUCUGCUACUGUGGAAGUACCUUUCGAGAUGUAUUGUGUGGAACAAAUGAAGAGUUUUCUGAUGGAUUUGGAAAGUUCUCCUGCCAGAAGACAUGUGACAAAAAAUUAAAUUGUGGAAGGCACAGCUGUAUGCAGAUAUGUCAUCCUGAGCCCUGCCAACUUUGUCCACGACUUCCCCAAGUAGUGCACUCCUGUCCUUGUGGGCAGACUCCUCUUAGCAAAUUACUAAAACUAGGAUGUAUUGAGCGUAAACUGUGCACGGAUCCCAUCCCAUCGUGUGGAAAAACAUGUGGCAAACCUCUACCUUGUGGUAGCCGUGAUUUCAUUCAUACAUGUGAAAAUCUUUGCCAUGAAGGAGAAUGUGGACCCUGCUCUCGUACAUCAAAUAUUUACUGUAGGUGUUCCUUCAAAACAAAGGAAGUCCCAUGUGCCCUCUUCAAAAAUAAAGCUGAUAUUACAUUUAUGUGUGACAAGCGAUGUAACAAGAAACGGUCAUGUGGACGACACAAGUGUAAUGAAAUUUGCUGUGUGGACAAAGAACAUAAGUGUCCCUUGGUUUGUGGACGCAAACUCAAUUGUAGCCUUCAUAGAUGUGAAGAACCUUGUCACCGUGGCAACUGUCAAACAUGCUGGCAGACAAGUUUUGAUGAACUAACUUGUUACUGUGGUGAGUCGGUAAUUUAUCCUCCUGUUCCUUGUGGUACUCAGCCACCAGAAUGUAAAAACUCAUGUACCAGACCACAUGAAUGUGAUCAUCCAGUGUACCAUACCUGCCAUAAUGAAGAGAAGUGCCCACCCUGUACAUACCUCACUCAAAAAUGGUGUAUGGGCAAGCAUGAACUGCGGAACAAUAUUCCCUGUCAUCUCGCUGACAUCUCUUGUGGUCUUCGCUGCAAUCAAAUAUUAAAAUGUGGAAUGCACAAAUGUAAAAGGAUUUGUCACAAAGGGGUGUGUCUCAUAAAUGAAGAGUGCAAACAGCCAUGUACUAGUCUGAGACUAUACUGUAAUCAUCCCUGUAUGGCUCCGUGCCAUCCAUCUUUACCUUGUCCUACAACUUCUUGCAACACAAAGGUUGAUCUUCAGUGUGAAUGUGGAAGAAGAAAGGAGAGUAUGAUUUGCUCAGAAGCAUCUAGUACAUAUCAAAGAAUAGCUGCUAUAUCCAUAGCCACUAAACUAACAGACCUGCAACUUGGAGACUCAGUGGAAAUCAGUAGGCUGAUUACCAAAAAAGAAAUGAAGCAAACAAGGUUGCAGUGUAAUGAAGAGUGUUUCGCCCUUGAAAGGAACAGACGCUUUGCUGAAGCUCUCCAUAUCCGUGAUAAUUCUGAUCCUUUUAAUAUCCGUUCUUCUGGAUCAAAGUAUAGUGAUAAUUUAAAAGAAGAUGCAAGGAAAGAUUUAAAGUUUGUCAGUGAUAUUGAGAAGGAAAUGAGAACACUCGUGGAAGCUGUAAAUAAGGGCAAGCAUUCAAAAAAGAGUCACUGUUAUCCACCCAUGAACAGAGAUCACCGCAGAAUCAUCCAUGAGUUAGCUCAAAUUUAUGGCAUUGAGAGUGUGAGCUAUGACAAUGAACCAAAGCGUAAUGUUGUUAUCACUGCAGUGAAAGGUAAAUCCAUUUGUCCAAGUAAUACCCUAACAUCUGUGCUAGAGAGGGAAAUGCAGACAAGGCCUCCACCACCUAUUCCUCACUACAGACAAACAGAUAAGAAUAAUGGAAACAGUGGCUUGCAGAAAACAUUAAAAGUGGAGCCAGUGAUUGACUACUUUGAUGUCCAAGACUGAAAUGAUCUAUCUUAAAUUAUUAUUUAGAAAAAUGGAGGUGAAGAUACAUAUCUAUCAUGCAAGAUGCUUUGUGGCUAAUUAAAUGAUAAACUAUUCAAUAUAUUCAAAGUUUAAAAUAGUAAAAAAGCACUGGUGAGUUAAGUGUAUGAGAAACAUAGCAUUGACUAGAAAUUUAACUAAAAUUUGAGCUCUGAAUAUUGCAAGAUAAGCUAUUAAACGCCAAAUUCUGACUUCAGAUUGAUGUGCACAGCUCUCAUUGAAUGCACUGAGAACUGCAUGCAUUCCUCAAAAGCCAGAAUAUGGCUGAUCAUUUAUUAUAUCAAUGAAACUGAUCUUUUAAAUUUGACUGCAAAUUUUCAACUGCUCUGCAUAUUUUUACAUAAGUUGCAGGUGCAGGUAUUUUUCACCUCAGGCUGGUACAUUUUUCUUCUCUGUUUGUUUGGAAUCAAAGUAUCUUUAAUGAAGUGAAACUGCCUAUCCAUUAAUUUAUAGCUGAAAAAACUGGUAAUUAAAUUCUAUUGGGGUACUUAUAUUAGUGGCAAACAUUCCAAAGAUUUAUACUGAGGGAUCCAACUGUAUUGUUAAAAAUGAACAAAUCACAAAUUGCUAUAAUAUAAUCCUAAUGGAUAUAUUUUCAAAGAGUUUUCAUGUGAUUUUAAUCAUUCCAUUUCUACUGCAAACAUAUCUGAGUUAUUCCCACAUGGAAUAAAACAAAAAAUUUAGCUCAACUCUACAAUACGUUACAUAUUCCCAGUGCUUAGGCACACUGACACCUGCUAAUGAGGAGUACAUCUUAUGUUCACUAGCAUUUGAGGAUUUUGGUACUUUUCAGUUCUUGUUCUUGAGGUGGAAGAGGGAAAAUGCCAUUUGUUUGUUUGUGGGUUUUUAUUAAGCAAAAGAAUAAUGGCUUAGUUUUCUUUGUGUUUUAUUUAGUUUGUAUAUUUAAACCUUUAAUUUAAAUUAAAGGAUUAAAUUGAAAAUGAAAAAUAUUUAAUUCAAAC